UGUUCAAACGGGCAUCUCUUGAGUGUGUGUUUUUCUCUCCUUGUGCGCUUUUCUUUAUUUCUGCCGCCGACCGAUAAGCAUGCAGGUGUCUCUGGCCCUCCUCGUCUCCAGCUCGGCACUCUUGCUGCUCCAGGGAUGCUGCACCGCCGUGAAGGGAUGGAAGGUACUAAAAAAUGAUGCUACGGAGAUUUUACCGGAGUACAGAGAAAAUACUCGGACCCCACAGGAGGCAAUACUACAGGCGCCCAGCGCAAGCAAUAACAACAAUAGCAACACUUUGAAUAACAGGGCGAAAAACGGUGGACGAACAGCAAACACAGUCUCCUACAGUGCCUCCGAGCUGAGCUGUAGGGAGCUGCGUUCUACCCGUUACAUCACAGACGGAUCUUGCCGCAGUGCCAAGCCGGUUAAGGAGCUGGUGUGUUCGGGCCAGUGCAUGCCCGCACACCUCAUGCCAAACUCCAUUGGUCGCGGCAAGUGGUGGAGGAGUAACUCUUCGGACUACCGCUGCAUCCCGGCCCACUCCCGGACAAGGAGGGUCCAGCUGCAGUGUCCUAAUGGCAACACUCGGACUUACAAAAUCCGCGUGGUCACCUCCUGCAAGUGCAAGCGCUUCAGGCCCCACCAUAACCAAUCAGUGGCCAAGGAGGUCCCGAAGAGGCAGCGCAACAAGAAGCACAGUCGUUUGUCUCAAGACCGGAGCAAGAACACCACACCACAGAUGGGCAACUCAUACUGAUGCUCCUCUUCAACAUCUAGGGACAGACACCAAAGCACACACAUACACAUGCACAUGCUACACAAAACACCAACCAACAUAUCUUCUUCAAAUAGGGAGGAGAUGCAAAAGAUAAUUCAAAGAGAGGCAAUACAUAAGCUAAUUGCUGGGCUGGUUUUAAGUAAUCAGUCUUUAGUUUUCAGCCACUUGUCAGCAUAAUUGUGAACUUUGCUUAUUUGCAUGACAAAAUGAGUCAGUGCCAGGGCUUGCCACAACUGUGACAGGUCAUGAGAUGUAGCACCAUGUUGGAUAAUAUGAAACAAGUAUCUGUUCACUACAACAGCUCUAAACAUCCCUGGGUUUGGGUCUGUCCUCCACUCAGAUUUCAUUUAAGCAUAAUGAGAAGUCCUCCCCCGAGGCUUCAAGCCCAUCUGUACAAACAUCCAGCGGAUGCAGAGCUAUACUGCACCACAGCCCUGUUUAAAGCUGAAAAGGUGCAUCUUUGCUCCAAAGUGGUUGUAAUCCAUCUCCUUUGGCUGUGUGGAGGAGAUGGUCUUCUCAGCUCUGAGGGCUCUGAUGGUGCGAUGUCAACAGGCUUUGAGAGGCUCUGGCCAGUACUGCUGUCCAGGCAGCUCUCUGACAGCCUGCUAAAGGCCUCACUUAUCAGGAUAGCCCCACAGCACACUUCACGCUGCAGCAGCCCCAACCAGGCCUGUCAGUUACAGUAGCGCCUUUCCCAUGUCUAGACAUGGAGAGUCAGGAAAGAAAUUGGGGGGAGAAAGCAGUUUUGUCAGCACUGACACCACAGGGGCACAGGGUAUUCCCAUGACUUGUAUUAAUUACUAAAUGAGCCCAUUCCUGUGUUAUUUGAGUUAUAAAAAUUAAUUCUUCUAGAAAUAGCCAGAUCCUGUUUGCUGGAAUCACACACAAAAAUGUGCACAUGUGUGUAGGAGACAUCAGAAAUAUGUGCGUAGUUGUGUUGUUACCUAGGGGCAGAGCGUUCUCCAGCACGCCCACACAGGAAUUCUUUUCGGGCCAAACAGAGCAGCGAUCAACCAUCCACAGCCAAAUCCAUCCGUUGUGUUGGAUUCUGCCUGCACGAUUCGAGACACCUCCACUCCUCUGUGCUCCCAUUCUGUAAAUAGCUCAAACAGGAAAGAAUAAAAACAACAUAAUGAAAACAAUAAUUCAAUUUUUAUCAUCGUAUUGACUGAUAAAAAAAAUCCGUCAGGAAGAGGAAGCAGCAAAACCCAGUCUGUCACUGCAGACAACACAACCUCCUUCCUCAGCAAUUCCUCAAAUGGGACUGUACUUCACUAAGAAUAUUCACAAUGUUUCCACAUAUUGUCAGCACUCUGUUGUUUUUCCGCUCAUAUUGCUUCCUGAUUUUGGUUUUCUAAACUGUACUGACAAUGUUUACUUCUUUUUCCGAUUGUAUGUUUAAAAUAGCAACUGGAAGGGGUUUGUCGUGUAAGCUGAGAGAUGUGAUGCAUACAGUGAUUGUACAUAUUAUACCUGUGUGGUCUUCUGCAGUGGUGCCCUCAUUUGGCGGGGUGUUAAAGAGAAGUAGGGAGAGAGGGAGGGCUGUUUCCUACAGACACAUAGAAGGACUGUUAUAAAGAAUGAACUGCAUAUUUAUUUUUUAUUUCCACAUUUAAAUUAUUUAUGCAACCUUUUGUAGUAAAUGAUAGCCAUUAUUGUCAUAUAGUAUGAUAGAGACUUUGAAAAUGAAAUACUGUACAGUACAUG